AUGUUACAUUUUCCUGUUUACAAAUUCAAUCAAUUUUCUAGCAAAUUCAAUCAAUUUUCUAGCAGAUUUGCACUAAUUUCAUCCCUGCAUCGAUGCUAUCUGCGACAAUAUCAUCCAUCAAAAAAGGCUUUGGGGACCGUUGUAGAAACUGACAGAGAUCUAAUAUUUGAAGUUUUAAGCACCGUCCCUAGCCGAAAAGAAGCACAAUCUUUUCUUAAACGAUUUACAAUACCUUAUACGAGACCACCAAUUCCUAAGCCAAAAGUUGCCAAAGUACCUUCAACCGACAAAAGAUCAUCAUCUGAACUCACAGAAAGUGAUACCAACCAACAAGAAUUACGAAAGGAACAAUUUAUCGAUUCAUUAUUCUCAACGAAUUUUGAUCAUGUUGCUUUGAUCAAAAUUCAGGGUCCAUUCACUCCUUUUAAUCUGAAAUCAGUUGCUAAAUCAUUGGUUCAUUUACAAAAAUUGGGAUUAAUGUCAAUUGUGGUCUUGGACAACGAUAAUUGGAAAGAAAUGUUAAAGGAAGGUCCAGCUCGAUUCAAUGAAUUGAAAAAGUGGAUGUUGGAGGAUGCUACAAAACUUAGUGAAGCAAUUGAAGUCUCUGGCGGAAAAUCAACCCCUAUUUCUGAUGGUGUAUUUACACUUACAAAUAGUCAUGUUCCUGAAAAGAAUACAAAUAAUCAUUAUCAAUAUUUCAAGCUUCCUGGGCGAACCUUAGCAACUGAUGCCGGCGCAAAAAUAAAUGUUUCAUUGCGUUGGCUUAAAUGGUGUUAUAAUCUGGGACAAAUCCCACUAAUUCUUCCCAUAGCUCUUGAUGGAUUACUAAUCCAGCGAACUAUUCCUGCAAAUUCUGGAAUGAUUGAGUUAUCCCGUACUAUAUCAAACCCAUCCAAUGCAGAUUCGUUGAAUCUAAAAACUCCAGAGCUAGAACCAAUGAAAAUAAUUGUUAUCAACUCAGAAGGUGGAAUCCCAUCUGAGGAACGUAAAGGAGCUCAUGUUUUUAUCAACAUCCAACAGGAAUAUGAUUAUUUAAAACAAAGUUACAAGGUCAAUCCAGAAUGGAAUUACACACAUCCCACUGGCCUUGAAAACUUAGAACUAGUAAAAUCUUGUUUAGAAAAUCUUCCCCCUACAUCAUCGGCCAUCAUGGUUCCAGCCUAUUCUUCUGCCGCAUUAGUAUCUAACCUAAUAACUGAUAAACCACGAUUUUCAUCGUCAUUACCACUUACGGCCUCAACAACUCCAUCGACCCCUAUAACAGUUUUACGAUACGGUGCGCCAGUACUUUUUCAUCACUCACUCUCUACCAUCAACAUACCUUCUUUCCAAUCACUAAUUGAGGCAUCAUUUGGUCGCAAAUUAAAAAUCGAUGACUAUUUAUCAAGAUUAGAAAAUUGUUUAGAUAUGAUUAUUGUCGUUGGUGAUUAUCAAGGUGCGGUUGUGGUUACCAUGGAGGAUGCUGAAGGGAAUAAAAAAGGUGAUUUACCUUAUUUGGACAAAAUUGCGGUUGCACCCAAUUCUCAAGGAAUGGGCAUUGCCGAUAUAUUAUGGAAACAAUUACAAACAAAUUAUCCAAACUUAUUGUGGAGAUCGCGAGAUGAUAAUAUAGUUAAUACAUGGUACUUUGAAAGGUCAGACGGUAAUUUUCGUAUUCCGGGUACUCAUUGGGUUAUGUUUUGGUAUGGUUCUGAUGCAAUCAAUAAAUUACAUGAAUAUGCCAAAGUCUUUAAAAGGAUUCCUGCAUCAUUUUUUUAA